AUGACGACAUUAACAAGAUGCUUCAAAGUCGCUGUAAUUGUUGUGUUAAUAUUUCAACUGGAAAACGUGUCCUGUUCGUAUCGCAAUGGUUUCAUAACGUUGAGAAGUUUUAAAAGCAAACAGUGGCUAGAUGAAGUGGAAACGACCACAGAAGCAAGUGUUAAAUUGAGGAAAAAUAUGAAUAAAACACCUUAUGUGAAAUAUGAAAAUCCAUAUAAAUUGAGAUUUCAACCGGGAAAUCCAAUGCCUCGUUUGUAUUGGCACAAGUUUCCGCAACAACAGCAAGAGGAAACCACCACGAUGACAGCUGUAGAAAUAACAACAACUGCCAUGACAAUGGUAACAGACAUACCUGAAGAGCCCAUGGAACCAGACGUUACGCCAGAGCCUACUGAGCCACCUAUUCCUCCUCCACCCGAAACUGAACCACCUGAUUUGGAAACUACCACUAUGAAACCUAAAACAUCUACCACCACUCCGACACCUUUCAAACCCUCCACAACUUUUACCACCAUUAUGAAACCCUCUAUUCCUUUUCCCUUUAAUUUGGCCGAUAAACUGAAAAAUCUGUUUGUCUAUGGCUCUCCCUCCCAAGUGAAUUUAAUACAGAAACAUGGCUCUUUAGAUAACAAAGGAAAAACCAAAAGUAAAGGCUUCCUUAGUCUAUUCGAAGUCAUUAAGUUCGCCAAUACAAAAUGUACGGUGACUAUGGGCGACAUACGUUCCAUGGAGGGCACUUGUUAUCAUGAGUUCGAGUGCAAAAGUUUGGGAGGCAUAUCCACUGAGAGAUGUGGCGAAGGCUUGGGUGUAUGUUGCAUAUUUUUAACUGGAUGUGGCGAUACUGUGGGUCAAUCUGUGGCCUAUUUCGAGAGCCCUAAUUAUCCUCAACCCGUAAGGGAAAUGAUGAUUUGUGUGUUGAUUAUCAAUUUGCGUAAGAAUGUGCAGCAGCUGAGAUUGGACUUUUUAAUGUUUGAGCUAAUUCGUCCUACUGAUGGCAACUGUGACGACGAUCAAUUUAUUAUUUCGGGACAAAAUAUAAAUUUUGUGGUGCCUGUAUUGUGUGGAAUUAACACGGGACAACACAUUUAUGUUGAUGUGGAUAAUUCUCCAGAUAGUAAAAUAUAUUUAUCGUUUUUCGCAAAAAUGCCAGCAGGAGCCAGAUCUUUCAACAUUAAAAUAACUCAGUUGGAGGACAAUUUGGCACCAGAGGGCUGCUUGCAAUAUUAUAAUGAAUUGGAGGGCAUAGUCAAGUCUUUCAAUUAUGACAUAGAGGGCACCAUAGUGGACAACAAGGAGGCUACCUAUUUUAACAACUUAAAUUAUGUUAUUUGUGUGCAACGUUUUAAGGAUUAUUGCAGUGUUAAUUAUGUAAUGGAACAAAUUGGAGGCAGUGCAGAUCAAUUGGAUUUUCAAAUCAUCAACAAAGAUGAAGAUGAAAAUGAUUUAGUGCCGGAUGGUCAGGCUGGUGCUGGCAUUUUCAAUUGUCCCGAUGAUUUUUUGGGCAUCAAUCAGGUGCGUCUGUGUGGUGAACGUUUCAAUGAUGGCACCGAAAAUGAAGAUUUUACCAUUCAUGCACCAGUUAGAGAUGUCGCGCCGGGACCAAUUAUUUUGCCCUUUCGCACAGAUGAGGAAUAUGUGGGACGUGGUUUUCGUUUGGCUUAUAAGCAGGAAUUAUGUUUAUAA